CAAACCCUAAUCCCCUCAACCCUCAUCCCCUGCACAGCCCACAGCCACCGAGCACCUGCAGGCUGCAGCCUCGCGUUCGGCGUUCCUGGCUCCCCGCACCAGCGGCUCAGCCCCCAUGUGGCCAGCAGGAGCACGACGCGCAACCCAACAGGAGCAUGGUCAGCACGGGCCCGAUGCCCGCGAGAGCACGACGCGACGCCCUGCACUACGCGGUUGCGCCCCUACCAGCCCGGUCGCCAUCCUGCCUCUUCUUCUCCUCCCUCGCCUCGAUCUGCUGCUGACGCUGAUCCAGCCCGGCCACCAUCCUGCCUCUUCUUCUCCUCCCUCGCCUCGAUCUGCUGCUGCCGGUGAUAUGCUGCUGCUAGAUCCGAGUGCCGUGCCCACGGGUCACGGCUAGCGAUCAGAUAGUGACUGCCCCUGCAGCCUGUUGUGCCCCCUGCCAGUGAGCAGACAGACACCGCCCCUGCCCACGGGUCAUGGCCAGGCUCCACCGAUCACUGGAUCUCCAGCCUGCUUCUUCGGUUUAGACAGUGACAACGAGUGCUCAAUUUGGUUGUACUUUAAUUGGCCGAUUGUUUAGUUUUGUUUAGUUCUAAAAAAAUUGGUUCCAUGACAAUGUGAUGCAUCAGCAGGAUGGCAUCUAGAAGUGGCUCUGGCUCGCAAGCUCCUUGUCCACCACCCUCCUCACAAGCUGGUUUGAGGAGACAUAUCUCAAAUAGAGCUAGUGCUACUUGUUGGGGCGAAGGCGAAGACGCUACCCUUCGCUCCAGGCCUUCAUCACCUCGCUGCACCAACGGAGGCAAGAUGACUGGCGCGGCUCACCCUUCGUCCUCCUCACUGCAAGACGAAGGCCUACGACGAAGUCUCUCCAUCCCACGUCCUCACCCAACCUGGAGGCCCACGUGGGAUUCGGCCCAUUGUAACAGACCCCGCACGGAGAAGCGUGUUACAUACCCGAUUUGUAAUAGCUUUUCUGUAAUGAUAGUCUAUAACCCUCCCCUGUGGGAAUAUUCUGGGGAUAGUCCAGGUGCCUGAGGGCAUAAGCGUCCUUACAUCGGGACGUUGGGCACUCGGGCACCUAUAAAUACUCUCGUACAAUGCCCUUGAGAGGCUGGAUUAACAGAGCAAUUGUCAUCUCGAGGU